AUGGCCAAGAUGAAACGGGUUCUAAUUCUUGGAGUUAUUUGUUGCUUGUUUAUUGCGGCUGCAGCAGCAGUAGAUGAAGAGGAUGAUGUUACCAUUGACAGGGAUAUUGGAAAGAGCAGGGAAGCAUCAAGGACUGAUGAUGAAGCUGUACAAAGGGAAGAGGAAGCUAUCAGUCUGGAUGGACUGAGUGUAGCACAGAUGAAAGAGCUUCGAGAGAAGUCUGAAAAAUUUGCAUUCCAGGCUGAGGUCAAUCGCAUGAUGAAGCUCAUAAUCAACUCAUUGUACAAGAAUAAAGAGAUUUUCUUGAGGGAGUUAAUUUCGAAUGCUUCAGAUGCUCUGGAUAAGAUUCGCUUCAUCUCACUGACAGAUGAGAAUGCUUUAGCAGCAACUGAAGAACUAACGAUAAAAAUAAAGGCUGACAAGGAUAACAGAGUUCUACACAUCACUGACACAGGUAUUGGCAUGACAAAGGAUGACCUGAUAAAACAUCUGGGUACUAUUGCUAAAUCUGGAACCAGCGACUUCCUGUCUAGAAUUGGUGAAGCUAACACCUUGACAGAGACUAGUGAUCUCAUUGGGCAGUUUGGUGUCGGCUUUUACUCUGCAUUCCUGGUUGCUGACCGAGUGAUUGUGACUUCUAAACACAACGAUGAUGACCAGUACGUGUGGGAGUCUGAUGCUGAGAGCUUCAGUGUGGUCAAAGAUCCACGUGGGAACACACUGGGACGUGGUACAACUGUGAGCUUACAUUUGAAAGAGGAGGCACAGGAUUAUCUGGAGGAGCACACCCUGAGGAACUUGGUCAAGAAAUAUAGCCAGUUUAUCAAUUUCAGCAUAUAUCUCUGGAACAGUCAGCAACUAGAAGUUGAGGAACCCAUCGAUGAAGAAGAACAGAAGGCUGAAACAAAGACAGAUGAAUCAGCAGCUGAAGAUAAUGAGGAUGGGACAGUUGAAGAAGAGGAAGAAAGUAACAAGCCAAAGACAAAGAAAGUCAGGAAGACUGUGUGGGACUGGGAGCUCAUGAACAGUGUGAAGCCCAUUUGGACACGCAA